AUGGACAAACAAUUUGGCAGAACGUGGCAUUGUAUUGUUGGAACCGAUUUCGGCAAUUAUGUUAGCCAUGAACGGAACAAUUUCAUCUACUUUUACGUGAACGAAUUAGCCAUUCUGCUGUUCAGAACAGCAUAA